CCUCCCUCUCUCUCUCUCUCUGUGCAAAAUCAUCAAAUCAUCGCCGGCGGUAGACAUGCAGUCGAACUCGGUGAUCUCGGUAUCUCCCAGUUUCACGGCUCAUUCUUCUAACAACCUGGCGGAUAUUGCCGCUAGGGUUGUGCAAGAAUUUCGUCACGAAAAUGGUGAGGAUGACAUCUAUGACGACUUUCCUGAUGAUGGUAAUCAGUUUUAUGUUCCUUCAGAUGACGAAAAAUUGAAGGAAAAUGACGAGGAUUCGGAUGAAGAUGGAGAGUUUGAGUUUGAUGUUGUCCGUACACAGUCUCAUUCAUCUCCUGUUUCGGCUGAUGAGAUCUUCUCCAACGGUGAGAUCCUGCCGCGAUAUCCGCUGUUUGAUCGGAGUUUAUUGUUAGACGACGACGUUCCUAAUUUUUAUAAGAUUUCUGAUGAUUCGAAUGCGAAUUCCAAGCCGUCUCCGGUGGUACGCGUUCCUUUGAGUAAGCUUUUCAGCGAGGAACGCGAUUCGGCUUCGUGUUCGUCGUCGGAGACGGAUGAUCUGGACGGAAUUACUCCGGGAACGUACUGCAUCUGGAAACCGAAGGCUGAAUCUCCAGGAAGGUGUAAGAAGAGCAAUUCAACUGGUAAUACAUCGAAACGAUGGACGUUCCGCAACCUUCUCCACCGAAGCAACAGCGACAACAAUUUCGCUGCCAGUAAGGAUGCUUCUAUUGUCGUUUUCAGUCCUGUAACGGCAACGAAGAAGAGAGCUGAAAAGGUAAAGAAGGCAGAGAAAACGUCAAAAGUAGCUGUUGCCGACGGUGACGACGACGGCGAUAUGACGACGACGACGACUGUAACAAUCGAAAACAAUCCUGCAAACAAAACGAACAAAGGAGGUAAUCGUCAUCGUUCGUAUCUUCCGUAUAAACAAGAUCUGGUUGGUGUAUUUACUAACGUAAACGGAUUGAGCAGAAAUCUACACCCCUUCUGAAUCAUGUGAUUACGAUUUUCAGUUACGAAAUCUAUACAGUACAAGUAGCAUAUAAUUAUCUGUAUAUACACAUCUCAACUUCAUCAAAUCAAUUUGGAGUGCUUUCCAGUAGAUUUACAGAGACGCCGUCGCCGGAAAGUUCACCGUCGGCGGUGCAGAUGCUUGGUGUUUUGUGCUGGGGCCAGAAAUGGCUUUAGAGAAAAAGUAAAAGGGGGUAAAGUGAAAAUUAGAAAAAGGAGAAAAAAGAAAAGUGUGGGGUAGGUGUUAUCACACCAUAUUUGUGAGGGUAAUUAUGUCUUUUUAUGAGGUUAAUGGGCAUGAGGAUUGCUUUUGAGUUAUUGGAUAUCUAUGGAAACUUCUUCCAUAUGAUCAAUUUAAUCUUUUUCCAA